AUGUGUUAUGAAGGGGAUUGCGGUGCCUGUAUCGUAAAUGUAAACUUCAAGAACAAAAGUAUAGCUGUGAAUUCAUGUCUUGUACCAGUACUGAUUUGUGACGGAUGGGAUAUUUAUACGAUUGAAGGUAUAGGAAACAAGUUAGACGGUUAUCAUAAGAUUCAAACUGAGCUUGCUAAAUGGAAUGGUUCGCAAUGUGGAUAUUGCUCACCUGGCAUGGUGAUGAAUUUGUAUAGUCUCGGGUUACAAGAAGGUAUGUCUAAGAAGCAGAUUGAAAAAUCAUUUGGUGGCAACAUUUGUCGAUGCACUGGAUAUCGCGCAAUUUUGAAGGCUUUUAAGACAUUUGCCAUCGAUGCUGUUUCAAUGGAAUCGAAGGCCGUUCACGACAUUGAGGAGUUAUAUAAGAUUAAAGUUUGCCAUCCCCGGCAAAAUUUGUAUCCCCGUUUGUAUCCCCACAAAAUGCCAUGUGUACGUACUUACUACGAUAAGCAGCAUUCUGAUGGAAUCAAAAUUUUGAGCAUAAAAUUAGAGGACGCGUGCUUUUACAAAGUUACUACAGUCGAGGCUCUAUUUGAGUUAUUAAAAAGCAAUCCACAGGCAACGUAUAUAUUGAAUGGAGGAAAUACUGCACAUGGUAUUUAUCGUUCGAGCAAGAAAAAUAUGUACAUUGAUAUAAACAAUAUUCCAGACAUGAGUAACAUUACAAAAACUGAUUCGACUUUGGUACUAGGAGGAAAUGUAACCCUUACCAUGGCAAUACAGGCAUUCCAGAAAUAUUCAAAUGAAAGCGGAUUUAAAUAUCUACGUCAAUUGAACAAGUACAUGAAACUGAUCGCAAAUGUUCCCGUACGAAAUAUUGGCACCAUAGCGGGGAAUUUAAUGUUAAAACACGAGCACAGAGAGUUCCCAUCCGAUUUGUUUUUGAUGUUACAGACUCUCGGUACUCAGGUACACAUCCUGGAAAGUCCCUCUCAGAAGCAAAGUUUAUAUCUGUGGAAAUUUCUGAAGCUCGACAUGCACCAUAAACUCAUUUAUAGCAUUGUAUUACCAAAUCUUACUGAUCAGCACAUAUAUAGAUUCUAUAAGGUCAUGCCUAGAGCCCAAAAUGCUCGCGCUCAUGUCAACGCUGGCUUUCUCUUUAAAAUCGAUACCGACGGCAACGUGUUGGAAUUACCUGACAUUAUCUUUGGUGGCAUUAAUAAAGAUUUUUAUCACGCAAAUCGCACGGAGGUUCUAUCGUUGGAUAAAAAAAUGUUUGACCAGCAAGACUUAAAGUCACUGUUACAAAUGUUAUCUGUGGAGCUACAACCUGAUCAUAUGCUCCCGAAUUACUCACCAGAAUUUCGCAAGAUUCUUGCCAUAGGAUUAUUUUACAGGUUCAUGUUAAGCAUCAAACCGGAGAUAAAACCUUUUUAUCGUAGUGGAGGCACUACAUUAAAACGAAGUAUCUCUUCAGGUAAGCAAAAUUACGAUAGGAAUUUCGACGAGUGGCCAGUGAGUGAGCCUAUACCAAAGUUAGAAGCUUAUGAACAGGCAGCAGGUGAAGUCCGAUAUUGCAAUGAUCUGGGUCCGUAUCAUGGAGAAGUAUUUUGCGCUUUCGUUGUUACCAAAAUCUGUAAAGGCAGGAUCAAAAGUACAGAUGCAAGCGAGGUGCUUAAAAUGAAGGGCGUAAUAGCGUUCUUCAGUGUCGAUGAUGUACCGGGACGGAAUUUGUGCAUUUCUGCCGCCAGUAAGUUGACGUCCUUGCCAGAGGACGAAUUGCUGUUCGCUGAAAAGGAUGUUUUGUACGCCGGUCAACCGGUCGGCGUAAUAGUCGCGGAAACGCAUAAUUUAGCGAAUGAGGCUGCGGAUUUGGUACAAAUUAUAUAUAACACACAUGAGAAAAAUCCGGUAAUAAGUAUUGAGGAUGCUAUUAAUGCGAAUGAUAAAACUAGAAUCAGGGAAAGCGUCAAUAUUCCAGCAAAGAAAACAGCAAAUGCAAAAAAUAAACUUAGCAUAAAUUGCGUGAAUGUAAUUUUUUUUAGCAUCAAUGUGCAUGUCAAUCGACUUGGUGGAUCGUAUGGAUCAAAAAUCUCACGCAACGCGCAAAUUUCAUGUGCUUGCGCAUUGGUAUGUCAUAAACUGAAUCGUCCAGCGCGAUUCGUCACGACGAUAGAGAGCAAUAUGCAAUCGAUAGGCAAAAGAUGUUCUGCGCGACAAGAAUAUGAGAUUGGGGUGAACAACAAUGGAGUUAUACAAUAUCUCGACUCGAGACAUUGGAGCAACUGUGGGUCUAGUUUCAAUGAAUCACAGGCUGCUAUGGUAGCUUCUUACAUGCAAAGGAGCUGCUAUUUAACCGAUACUUGGACGUUGAUUGGAUUCGACGUGAGAACGGACUUACCGUCAAACACGUUUUGUCGGGCGUCAGGAUCUACGGAAGCCGUGGCUAUGAUCGAAAAUAUAAUGGAGCAUAUUGCAAAAGUGACACAAAAAGAUUCUGUAAAAGUCAGAUUGGAAAACAUGAAUAAUGUGGAUAAACCUGUUUUAACAGAUAUGAUUGAUGAUUUGAUGGCAAAAUCCAAUUAUUUGAAGAUCAUGGAGGAUAUUCAGCACUUCAAUGGAAUCAAUCGUUGGAAGAAAAAGGGAAUUGCUCUGGUACCAAUGAAAUACUUGAUAACAUAUGAUAAAGGACAAUACAACGCAAUGGUGUCGAUAUGCGCUCGCGAUGGUACGGUAUGCGUGACACAUAGCGGUAUUGAAAUCGAUCAAGGUAUACAUACGAAGAUUGCUCAAGUAGCAGCUCGUACAUUAAAAAUCGAUAUUCACAAAAUCACCAUUAAUCCAAGCAGUAAUUUAACGGCACCCAACACGUCAACUACAGGACACAGCAUUACCACGGAAAACUGCGGAUACGCAACCGAACAAGCUUGCAUACAAAUUUUGAAGAAACUGGAGCCAAUAAAGAAAAAAAUGGGAGAAACGACGUGGGAGAAACUUAUUUUUGAAGCGUAUCGAGAAGGCAUUGAUUUGUGCGAACGUUACAUGCUGGUUACUGGACUAACGGAAGAUAUGAAAUCUUACCCUGUUUACGGUGUUACCAUUGCCGAAAUAGAAAUCGAUGUGCUGACCGGUCAGCAUAUUAUUAGGAGGGUUGAUUUGAUGAUUGAUAGUGGUCUAAGCUUGAAUCCAUUAAUUGAUGUCGGUCAGGUGGAAGGAGCUUUCGUGAUGGGAAAAGGAUUCUGGACAUCUGAAGAUCUGGUGUACGAUCCUGAAACAGGAAUAUUAAUGAAUAACAAAUCAUGGAAUUAUAAUGCACCAGGAGUGAGGGAUAUUCCAGAAGAUUUCCGUGUAUACUUACGCAAUAACAAAGUCGACGCAAUUGCUAUCUACGGUUCAAAAUCGAUCAAUGAAGCACCGCUUUGUAUGAGUUACGUAAUUCCAAUAGCGAUCCGCAAAGCAUUGGAUUCUGCUCGAAUAAAUGCAGGAAAUAACGAAUGGUAUCAAUUGGAUGGACCGUGUACUACCGAACGUAUACUUCUAAAUACUUUAACUAAAGUAGACAUGAUGGUUUACGUAAAGAAAUUUAGGAAUUGUUCACAACGAAGCCGGUGUUUGAAAUAA